CGCGAUCUUUGAUAUUUGAAGGUCAAUCCUGAUGAUAAUGAACUUCCGCUAGUGCAUGUUGCCUAUGUUUAAGGCUGAAAAAACAAUGAUAAGACCAGUAAUUUCUAGUGACAGCAACAAUGUACUUUUUGAAGAAGACUCAAGUCUCGGCUACUUUAUGUUCAACUCACCUACUUCAACUCUAAGUAAGGAUCAUCAGAAUCAUUCUCCUCGUCCUUCUCUGGGCUCGUUUGGUAGUGAAAUUCGUUGUUCGAUAGAUCAAUUAGAUGCUGUUAUAGCUGCUUAUGAUAUUCAUCAUCAUCCUAAUGACAAUGGCAGUGAUGAUUUUAGAACAACUGCACAACAAUUAUUUCAUUCACCUUUAUUGAAUAAUAAUACAUCGACUUUGACACAUACUACUACUAAUAAUAAAACUGUUAUUCAUUCAAUGGAACAACAUGUAAAUUAUUCAACAUUUAUGCAUUCCCCUUCAUUAUCAAAUCAAAUGUCUUGUUUGUUUUAUACAAAUGAUAAUAAUAAUAAUAAUAAUCAUUGGAAAUUGAACAAAACACUGACGACAACAACAGCCAAUAGGAAUCAGCCUGCAUCAUUUGCCACUACUAAUAAUGGUGUUUCUCAUAUGAAUGAAAUGAAAACUUUCCAUGCGAAUCAUGAUUAUCCAUUACACGAGAAUCAUAAUCAUCAUCAUCAUGAAUAUGGGAUCGGCGCUUCUUCGUAUUCAUCAUUACCAGUGACAUCAACAUCAUUGUUAAUGUCAAAUAAUAAUAAUAAUAAUUAUUCAAAUGAUUAUAAUGAUAUUGAACCUUCAUUUCCAUCACCUCCAUUGGAUACAUUUACUUCAGAGAAUUUUCCACUUCCACCCCCGCCCCCACCUCCACCCUCAUCAUCACCUCCAUCAUCGUCGUCGUCAUCAAUGCCGAUGACAUUGUCCACAAAUCCUGUAUCAACAACAUUUUCAUCUUUUACCACUAAUGUGAAUACCAAAUUAACACCACAACAACAACAAAAUAAUGAUGAUGUAGCUGGUAGCAAACAUGUACAAAGUAUUCCUAGCCAUGUUGAAUAUUCCAAACAUCAAUUGUAUGAUCCUAAAUAUCAAACAGAAUCACUUAGCAAUUCAUAUCAUGUCAAUAAUAAUGAUGAACAGACUACUGUACAAUAUCGUCAUCAGAUUACAACCAAUGCAAGAAAACCAUCAAUUCCUCAAAGAGCUCCAUCGACUCGAUUAACUAGUUUACCGAAUUGGCCUAAUCACUAUGAUGAUACAGACAUAUUGAAUUGUGAUACAACAAUGAAAACAUCCCAUGUGACAUUGACUGUUCAUAAUGGGACACAUGAUUUACAAACGAAACAUUCACUGGAGUUAUCAAAGGAGAAUACUGAUCACAGCAGUAACAGUAACAGUAGUAAUAAUAUUAAUAAUAAUAAUGACAGUCACUCAAUUGUAUGCACUACACUACCAGUACAAGAUAUUAUUCGAAAAUUUGGUAAUCUACUUACGAGUAAUGCAAAAAUAUCAAAUCAAUGCCAGAUCACUUCUAAUGUACAAAAUAUUCAACCGUCAACAAUACGACCAAAUUCAUUCACGAAUUGUAACACUAAUAAUAAUAACCAUCAUUAUCCUAUAAAAAUACCAAUCACUCAUCAACAUCAUCAACCAACAUUAACAACCAAUGCAAACGAUUCACCGUCAACUGUGAAUAAUCUAGUAGUUACGUCAGGUACAUUGAACUCACAACAACAUUAUCAUAAAGUACAAGAAGUUCUUUCGCCAUCAUCAUCGUCAACAUCAACAUCAUCACCAUCAUUGUCAAGUAGAAAUUCAAAUCAAUGUAAUCCAUCCAAUAUCGUCAAUCAAUCAUAUCAGAUGGUCAUGAUGACAAAAAAUUUAUCCAAUGGAAAUAAUGAUUAUCAUUAUUGCACAAAAUACAAUCAUGACACAUCAGUGAAUAAUACAAUGCAUCCAUCUCUGUCUGCUCCUAUUACUAAUACUACUACUACUGCUACCAAUAGUAGUAGUAUGUGUCAUUCUUAUAAAUCUUCAUUGAAUAUGAAUGAUAAAUGUUCCAAGCCAAUGAAUUCAUCCUAUCAGCCUACUGCUUCGUCAACAUUCAUUCCCGUACAACAACACCAAACAAAUUCACCGUGUACAACAUUCACUUCUUCUGGUGGUAUUGAUGUUGGAAUCCUACCAAAUAAUGAAUUAUCGAAGCAAUCAAAUCAUAAUCAUUCUUCACAUUUAACUACUGUCAUUCAUCAUCAUCCUGUUCAAAGUCAACCGAUAAAACAAAAUCACCCGGUGAAUUCGAAUGUUGUUGUUAAUCAACAAUCAUCGGAUACUUCAUCAAAUUCAUCAUCAUUUGUGGAUAUAAUACAAUCAAUGAAUUUGUCUGCACAAACAUUGGCUAUAUUUAAUGAAUUCAAUAUUGUUGAUGCUAAUCAAAUCCCUGGUUAUCAUCCAAUUUCAUCUGGUCUACCUGAUUGGAAAAUUCAUCAGUUGAAACGAAAAAAUCAAGAUGCAGCAAAUAGUUAUGCAGAUGAAUUAAAAAAAUGGGGUCUUGUACCGAAUUGGAAACGUGAAUUAAUCGAAAAGAAACAAUUAUUAAAUAAAAUGCAACACGAAACACCAACUUGCUGCUCAUCUUCAUCCUCUUCAAUUUCUCAUCAUCAUCAACAACAAUUAUCCUCAAAUGGGCAUACUUCGUCAAUGCACAAUACUCAUCAAUCAUCAUCAUCAUCAUUGGCCAGUGCAGAAUUAGCUGAAAAACUUCAACGUCGUCUUGAUAAAGUGUCAAAAUCAACUAACUAA